AUGCCAGGACCAGAAGCCACCGUGCCCCCGAGGCAAAUGCCUUUCGUCCCACCACUAGCGGUCAUGAACCUCGACAACGACCUACAAGAACUGAUCUGCCUCAAGAGAGGGCUGAGAUUCUACGAUGAAACUGUGGGGGUCGCAAACUUGACAAUGGAGAUGACGCCAACAAACCCAGCUUUCGAUAUUUUGUCGAACCCCGUUAUACGAAAUCUCCACCUUGAGACCUGGAUCCAAGCUAAGAUAAAAGAGGAAUCUUUGCAGCGGAGCAUUGUGGCAGACUUCAAUCGGCUUCCACGCGACAUGAAAAGCCUUUUCGUGAGGACGCAUCGCUCGACCCUGCAGCAGCCCGAGUUUUGGGCAUUGGCUAUUGGGUUUGAUACUACUUUCGUUGGUGACGGAAGGAGUAUUAUCUUUGAGGACUGA